CCGUGAACCAACUCUGUCGAUAACGUGUCAUCUGUGAGGGCCUAAACAAGUAGACGAACCACGGCUGGAUAGAGUAUCGGCAUCGCUUUUAAUGGGAACUCUUCUGAAAUGCUACAGAUCCUUCUUCUUGAUGCUUCCCUAUCCGGCUCGAACGAUUCAAUUCAGAACCAACCAGCUGGGCCCCGCCGCCAUUUUCAGAAGGAAGAAGCUGGGUUCGGUUACUCGUUGUUUUAGUGCCCGUUCUUUGCGGUCAUACCAACCGUCGCUUACUGAACAGAGCGCCGGAAAAUUCGACGGUGAGAGGGGUAGAAGUCCAUCGCCGGAGCUAUGGCUUUAUAACACAAUGAGUAAAGGGAAAGAGCUGUUUAAACCCAAAGUGGAAGGGAAAGUCGGAAUGUAUGUCUGCGGAGUUACUGCAUAUGACCUUAGCCAUAUUGGACAUGCUCGCGUCUACAUCAAUUUUGACGUUCUUUACAGAUAUCUUAAGCAUAUGGAAUUUGAAGUCUGUUAUGUUCGCAAUUUCACUGACGUAGAUGACAAGAUAAUUGCUAGAGCAAAGGAGUUAGGAGAGGAUCCAAUCAGUUUGAGUCGACGCUAUUGUGAAGAGUUUAGUGAAGACAUGGCAACUCUUCAUUGUCUACCACCUUCUGUGGAACCACGAGUAUCGGAGCAUAUGCCCCACAUCGUUGAUAUGAUUGAACAGAUUAUUAAAAAUGGGUAUGCCUACAUUGUUGAUGGGGAUGUGUACUUUGACGUUGAAAAAUUUCCAGAAUAUGGGCAGUUAUCUGGACGAGAUCUUCAAGAUAAUCGAGCUGGUGAGAGGGUUGCUGUUGAUUCAAGGAAGAAAAAUCCUGCUGAUUUUGCUCUUUGGAAGUCUGCAAAGCCAGGAGAGCCAUUUUGGGAGAGUCCCUGGGGCCCUGGAAGACCUGGGUGGCAUAUUGAAUGCAGUGCUAUGAGUGCAGCUCAUCUUGGCUACUCUUUUGAUAUCCAUGGUGGAGGGAUCGACCUUGUGUUUCCUCACCAUGAAAAUGAAAUUGCUCAGAGUUGUGCUGCAUGCAAGAAAAGUAAUGUAAGUCUCUGGAUGCACAAUGGUUUUGUCACUGUUGACUCAGAGAAGAUGUCCAAGUCUCUGGGAAAUUUUUUCACCAUACGACAGGUUGUAGAUGUUUACCAUCCGCUGGCUUUGAGAUAUUUUUUGAUGGGAGCCCACUAUCGAUCUCCCAUUAACUAUUCUCAUGUACAGCUUGAAAGUGCUUCAGACCGUGUUUUCUAUAUAUACGAGACUCUAUAUGAAUGUGAAAGCUUUCUGUGCCAACAUGAUCUCACAAACAUGAAGGAUUCCAUCCCACCUGAUAUUUUAGAUAUUAUUAAUAAGUUUCAUGACGCUUUUGUGGCUUCAAUGUCUGAUGACCUCCACACCCCCGUUAUAUUGGCUGCACUGUCUGACCCAUUAAAAGCAAUCAAUGAUCUGCUACUUACUCGCAAGGGGAGAAAACGAGAAUUACGAAUCGAAUCUCUUUCAGCUCUGGAGAAGCAUAUUAGGACCGUUCUGACUGUUUUAGGACUUAUGCCUGCAAGUUAUUCAGAGGUUUUGCAACAACUAAAUGAAAAGGCUUUAAAGCGUGCAAAUUUGACAAAAGAACAAGUCUCGCAGAAAAUUGAAGAACGGGCUGCUGCUAGAAUGAACAAGGAGUAUGAAAAAUCAGAUGCAAUUAGGAAUGAUUUGGCAGUUUUAGGUAUUGCUCUUAAGGACAGUCCAAACGGUACAACGUGGAGGCCCACCAUUCCUCUUUCACUUCAAGAACAGCAGACUAAUGCACCUUGAAGAUAAGAGUCAAGGUUUGUCUAUUGCUCACACAUCUCCAAAAGAAAUGGAUUUUGAAAGAAGCAACAAGAAGGAUGGCCUGGGUGUAUCAAGUAUCAACUGCUCGGUUCUUGGAGACUAAUUAUUGAUACCAAGUGUCGUGAGCUUGGUGCAGUUUGAGUUGCAAUAAAAGAAACAUGUUGGGCGAUAUUUGUUUUCUGGAAAAUCAUAGCCCGCAUUGGGCAAAGAAUUUGAGCGUGAUUUUUAAUAAGUCUUUACUAGAAUUCUUACUUUGAAGCUACCAUUAUUUAAAAUUGACAUUGGCAUGUUUAUCUGCCUUUCUUGGAGAA